AUGUACAUUACUAUGAAAGGAGAUUUGGUUGAAUUGAAUUAAGUAACAUUAUUUUUUAUUCUUUAAUAGAGAAAUCUUGUUAUUUCUAGAACAUAAAUUGAUAACCAUACUAAAGUAUAAUAUAAAUCAGAUAAAUUGAUGAUUAAUGAUAAAAUUGUCUUACAAAAUUUCAAUAAAUUAUUCAUUAAUCGUUUAGAUUAUGCAAUCAAAAAUUAUGAAAUUAGAUUACAAUAAGCAAUCCAAUAAUUUGUAUGUAAUAGAUAAGAAAUUCUCAAAAUUAAUUAAACUGAUAAAAAAUUAGUUACAAGAUAUCUUUGGAUUAAUGAUAAUUAUUCUGAAAUAAGAUAUUCUGAUGCUCCUUUGACCAAAAAUUAUAAAAAAAGUAUCUCAAUACAAAUUUUUAGUCCCACUUAAUGAAAUUACAUUUCAAUACUAACAACUUGAUGAUAAAGUUAUGAAAGCACUCAAAAAAUAUGAUCUUUAUCCUGAAUACCUGUUGACAAUUCUACAUAAAAAGAAAUAACUUUCUGUUGUUUUUCUCUCAUUUAGAAAAUUAAGUGCUUUUAUAUUAUUAUGUAAUUGGAUUCUCAAAUCCAGAGAAUUACCAUAAAUUUAAUUCUCAGCCUUAAUAUUUCUUAAAUUCAAAUUGUAAUAUGCAGCUCAACAAUAAGGUUUACCAAUCAAAAAAUACUUACUAAUCUAGUUAAACAGAAUUAGAACAUAAUUAACUUUAAAAAGUAUUCAUUUCAUAUUUAUAUGAAAAGGUUUAAAAGACAAAAAUUCAUAAAUAUUAGAAUCCGGUUAAUCAUCAGAGAAAAAGAAAUGGUCAGUGUAAUUAACUAUUAAAAAAUCUAAACAAGAUAAUUUGGACAAAGAAAAUAUCAAUAAAAAAAUUUAAUUUUCCUGA